UUUUUUUUUAUCCUUCUAGAUUCGAUGGCUGCUCCACCUGCUAGGGCCAGAGCCGAUUACGAUUACCUCAUAAAGCUUCUUCUGAUUGGAGAUAGUGGUGUCGGUAAAAGUUGCCUUCUUCUACGUUUCUCUGAUGGCUCUUUCACCACUAGCUUCAUUACCACCAUUGGCAUUGACUUUAAGAUAAGAACGAUCGAGCUUGAUGGCAAACGUAUCAAGCUCCAGAUUUGGGACACUGCUGGUCAAGAACGGUUCCGGACAAUCACCACUGCUUAUUACCGUGGAGCAAUGGGCAUUUUGCUUGUGUAUGAUGUCACAGACGAGUCAUCCUUCAACAACAUUAGGAACUGGAUUCGUAAUAUCGAACAGCAUGCUUCAGAUAAUGUUAACAAGAUCUUGGUAGGGAACAAGGCUGACAUGGACGAGAGCAAGAGGGCUGUACCUACAGCAAAGGGCCAGGCUCUUGCUGAUGAAUACGGAAUCAAGUUCUUCGAAACAAGUGCUAAGACAAACCUAAACGUGGAAGAAGUUUUCUUCUCGAUAGGGAGGGACAUUAAGCAGAGGCUUUCAGACACUGACUCCAGGGCAGAGCCUGCGACGAUCAAGAUAAGCCAAACGGACCAGGCAGCUGGAGCCGGGCAGGCCACACAGAAGUCUGCAUGCUGUGGAAGUUAA